AAAGUCGUCCAUCUUUUUCACUUUGUCCGGAAUUUCGAUAGAUAUUCUGCUCGAUUCAAUCUCAUGCACCAGUCCACCUUCACUAUUCAAAGCCUAUCAUCGACAGCGAAGCGAGAGUUAGAGGAACUGAAAUGGGUCAUGGAAGCUCGAAAUCUCCCCCAGAGGUCGAGGAAGAGUCUCACCUUUCUCGACCGAAGCAGAAGCUUCACAUCCACGGUCACCAGCACCCACAUCUCCGUCGUAUUUUUCGUCGUUCUCAUGGAAACGGCUAUGGCUCCGGUACUUCUUGUCUUAAACUCGUCAAUGCUGAGGAUUUUGCUGGAAUCGCUCUCCUCACUCUCAUUAGUGCGGAGAUGAAGUUCAAAGACAAGUGGCUUGCUUGUGUUUCCAUUGGAGAGCAGACUUUCCGUACAGAAAUUUCUGAUCAUACAGAAAAGCCUGUUUGGAACUCAGAAAAGAAACUUAUUUUGGAAAGGAAUGGGCCUCAUGUUGCUAGGAUCUCAGUAUUUGAGACUAAUAGAAUAUCAAAGAACAAUCUCAUAGGCUAUUGUGAGAUUGAUCUACUUGAAUUUCUAACACGGGAUUUGGAUUCUGACUUUGAAGUCUUUGAACUUUUUGAUCCUUCUUCAUCUGACAUCAUUGUUGGCAAAAUUUCUAUUUCCUGUUCUGUUGAGGAUCCAAUUGAAACAGAGAAAAGCUUUGCAAGGCGCAUCUUGUCAAUCGUGGAUUACAAUGAAGAUGGACAGCUUUCAUUCUCGGAGUUCUCUGAGUUAAUUAAAGCUUUUGGCAAUCAAGUGGCAGCUAACAAGAAAGAGGAGCUUUUUAAAGCUGCUGACAAGAAUGGGGAUGGUGUUGUUAGCAUGGAUGAAUUGGCUGACCUUCUUGCUAUUCAACAAGAAAAAGAACCUCUUAUUACUCAUUGCCCUGUUUGUGGUGAGAUUCUUGAAGUUUCUGAUAGGCUAAGCACAGUUGUUCAUUUGAGUAUCUGUUUCGAUGAAGGGACUGGAAACCAAAUUAUGACCGGAGGAUUUCUGACUGAUAAACAGGCUUCAUAUGGGUGGAUGUUUAAACUGAGUGAAUGGGCGCACUUUUCAGCAUAUGAUGUUGGUUUGAACUUUGGGUCCAGUGCUUCACAUAUUCUGGUAUUUGAUCGGAGGACAAAGAGACUAGUGGAGGAGUUAAUUGAUGGAAAGAUUGUAAUGUCAAUGAGAGCAAUUUACCAAUCAAAGAUAGGACUUCAGCUUAUAGACAAAGGUGCCAAAGAACUCUUGAUUAGCAUUUCUGAGAAGCAGGGAAGGAAAAUGAAUGCUGCUGAGUCUGCAAAAGACAUUCCCCAAUUUGUUGAAUUCUUUAAGGAUCAAAUCAAUUUGGCUGAAGUCAAGUAUCCUUUGGAAAAUUUUAAGACAUUCAAUGAGUUUUUUAUAAGGGAGUUAAAGCCUGGUGCAAGACCAAUAGCUUUCAUGGAACGUGAUGAUGUUGCUGUUUGUGCAGCUGAUAGCCGUCUGAUGGCAUUUAAAAAUAUAGAAGAUAGUUUAAGAUUUUGGAUCAAGGGCAAGAAAUUUUCUAUUCAAGGCCUUUUGGGGAAGGAAAUAAGUUCUUCCACUUUUGUUGAUGGAUCGUUGGUCAUAUUUCGAUUGGCACCACAGGAUUAUCACCGUUUUCAUGUACCAGUUUCUGGAACCAUUGAGCAAUUUGUCAAUUUCCCCGGAAAUUUAUACACAGUUAAUCCUAUUGCUGUCAAUAGCGAGUAUUGUAAUGUUUUCACAGAGAAUAAGCGAGUUGUAUCAAUCAUUUCUACUGCAGAAUUUGGAAAGGUGGCAUUUGUUGCAAUUGGAGCAACGAUGGUUGGCAGCAUCACAUUUUUUAAAAAGGAGGGUGAUUCCGUCAAGAAAGGAGAUGAGUUUGGAUAUUUUUCAUUCGGUGGAAGCACAGUGAUUUGCGUCUUUGAAAAGGGUGCAAUUCAGAUUGAUGAAGACCUCCUAGUCAACAGUGCCAGGUCACUGGAAACCUUAGUUUCUGUUGGAAUGAAGUUGGGUGUUGCCGCAGGGAAACAAUCAGAAAUUGAUUUGCCAAACUUGAAAAAUUGUGUGUUAGAAGCUUGAGAGAGAUCAGGUAUUUCACAUAAUACUUUGAUUCCACAUAGCAUGUGGAAUUCUCUGUAAAUGUCAGUUUCAUUUCUUUAACAUAUUAGUUCCAUGGCUUUACUGUUUAACAGAAUCAAUUCCAUUAGGAACUAUUACCAACAUUGUUGUGAUUGUAUUAGCUACGAUAUCUUAUUCAACUA